AUGGCGGCUCAGCGGUUUGUUUGUGUGUUCUUUAUCUGUUUAUGUUUACCACUUCAUCAUAUUUCUGCGUACGUGGCCAGCGGCCAAUAUGACUGGGCGGAACCGAAUGCACCGAUUUUUCCUUCCGAAUCCAGAAGCAAGAUGAGUCGUCAAACUGCACAACAGCGGCUGGACGCUGUCAGGAGAAUCCUGCAGGAGCGAGGAGUAGAUGCCUACAUAGUGCCUACAGCUGAUGCGCAUAACUCCCAGUACAUUGCACCGUCGGAUGCGCGUCGUGAGUGGCUUUCCGGUCUGUCCGGGUCAUCUGGAACAGCGCUGGUGACGUCAUCGCACGCUCUCGUGUGGACUGAUGGACGAUACUUUACCCAGUUCUAUUUGGAAGUGGACACUAGCGUAUGGAGCUUGAUGAGGCAAGGCACGGACCUUUCUAUCCAAGCUUGGCUUGUGGCAAACAUGGCGUCAGGUUCUGUGAUAGGCGUUGAUCCCACCACAUACACUCGCAGCGCUUGGACAACUUUAGAGAAUGCACUGAACCAAGUUAACGUGACCCUGAGGCCGAUCCCCGAAAACUUAGUCGACUUGGCCCGGGUCCGCAUCGGAGACCCACCACCGCCGAGACCCAAUAACGCGUUGCUGGCGCUUUCAGUGGAAUUUACUGGUAGGAGAUCAGCUGACAAGGUGUCAAAUCUGAUGUCUCAGAUCGUGGCUCGUGGAGCGUCAGCUUUGGUUCUUACUGCACUCGACGAUAUCGCUUUUACACUCAACCUAAGAGGAUCAGAUAUACCGUACAAUCCGGUUUUCUUCGCCUACUUAAUCCUGAGACCGAACUCGGUAGUUUUAUUUUGGGGAAAUGGAUCACUUUCUGCGGACAUCGUACAGCAUUUGACUUCUGAGGGAACCCAAGUGGACGUGCGGCCCUACGAGCAAACUUUCGAAUAUCUAAGAAACAUGGCGAAUGAAUUGCCAAGAGGCAGUACAAUUUGGCUAUCACAAGACGGAAGCCAUGCCGUGCAUUUAGCUGCUGAGUCGGAUGGUGCAAUGAACACGCUGUCCACGGUAUCUCCUGUCGCGCUAAUGAAAUGUGUCAAGAAUGAAGUCGAGCUCCGGGGCUUCCGUUCCGCUCACAUAAAAGAUGGCAUAGCCGUCGUGAGGUUCCUGCGGUGGGUCCACGAGAGGGUUGCAGCUGGGGAGAACGUGACCGAAAUCAAUGUAUCCGACAAACUGGAAGAGCUGAGAGGGGAAGAACAAUAUUUCAUGGGGCCAUCGUUUGCAACUAUUGCUGGCGCCGGAGAAAAUGGAGCCAUCAUCCAUUAUAAACCCUCGCGAGAAGGUGAACAAAGGGUGAUCAAACCAGAUGAAAUGUUACUUGUUGACUCAGGAGCUCAAUAUAUGGACGGUACAACAGACAUUACCAGAACUCGACACAUGAGUUCAUCGCCCACCCCGGAGCAGCGACGUGCCUUCACAAGAGUGCUGAAAGGACAAAUGCUGUUAGGGACCGCCGUGUUCCCGAAAGGCUCUACGGGUAACUUAUUGGAGACAUUAGCUCGUAAGGCUCUUUGGGACGUCGGGCUCAACUAUGCUCACGGAACAGGACACGGCGUGGGGCACUUCCUCAAUGUUCACGAAGGACCGUCGGGUAUCGGGGCAGCUCUGAUGGCGUCAGAUCCUGGUAUAGUGCCAGGAAUGAUAUUCAGUAAUGAGCCUGGGUACUACGAGGUUGGAGAGUACGGCAUUCGACACGAGGAUCUCGUGGAAGUUAUUGAAAUGAACAAAAACGCCGAUCAUAUUUUCGCUGAGGGUAUGGUGGGGGACUUUAACGGCGUGGGCGCGGUCGGUUUUUACACAAUUACUCUAGCACCGCAUCAAACUGCUUGUUUGGAUGUCAGCAUACUGGAUGAUCACGAGAUCAAAUACCUUAACGACUAUCACGCUCGAGUUCUAGCGACCCUAGGACCCAUUCUGCUAGAAAGAAAUUUAACGGAAGAUUACAAAUUUCUGGAGAAGGAAUGCGCGCCAAUUCACCGCAGUGCCGCCAUUUUUGUUAAAUCGACGCCAUUAUUGGCAUUAAUGAGUGUUUUAAGUCUAUGGUUAACAACGUUUAAUCUAUGCUGUUAA